AUGGAGAACCGAACCACCGACAUACCCCUCCAGACUGUCGUCAGUCACACCCCCUCACAGUCCUCGCCCACAUCCGGAAAUGAAAAGUCGGAGAAGGGGCAUACUUUUUCACGGGGACGCAGGAAGCUGGCAGUGGUCGACUCCAGGACUGGAGCACCGCUGCCUCCCCGCGUAAGUGAAGAGAAGACGGCUCUCAAUCGCAUGGGCAGGAUCUACACCAAGAUCCUGAACUUCAGCAUUGUCACCCGCUACAUGAUCUAUGUCGCUCCUGUGGCGCUGCUACUCGCCAUUCCCAUCAUCCUUUCGCAGACAGGCACGAUUACGGGCUCCAUUGGCAACACAAAUCAGAAGAAAUUCUGGAUCUGGAUCGAGAUCAUAUGGCUCAGUUUCUGGGUCAUGAAGAUUGUGGCACACUUUAUUCCUAACGUUUUCGAGUUCCUCAUCGGUGUGGUCAGCCCGGGUGUCAAGAAGUAUGCGCUGCUAUUGAGAGCCGUGGAGAAGCCUCUCUCUUUCGUCUUCUGGAUGAUUGUCAACCAGGCUACUUUCCCUGCUCUUGUCCGAGUCAACCCCGGCAAGGAUAGACUGGGCUGGAUGGACACCAUGCAAUCGGUCCUGCUUGCCCUCCUCGUCUGCACCAUCAUCAUCCUCGCUGAGCGCGUCUUGAUCCAGCUCAUCAGUAUCAGCUACCACCGCAAGCAGUUUGAUGACAAGAUCAAGGAGUCUAAGCGCAACAUCUACCUCCUCGGUAUCCUUUAUGACACUUCGCGGUCGCUAUUCCCCGCCUACUGCAACGAGUUUGCUGAAGAAGACUACAUCAUCCAGGACACAAUUCUUGAUCUCGGUUUCGGUAGCAAGAAGGGAACGGCCAAGCAUGGUCGAUCUGGUAGCCGCACGCCCAUGCGUCUUAUCCAAGAAGUUGGCCGAGACGCUGGUCGCAUUGGUGAUAAGAUCACAUCAGUUUUCGGUACUAUCGCUUCCGAGAUCACUGGCAAGAAAGUCUUUGAUCCCAACUCUGCUCAUUCCGUCGUCUUGACCGCUUUGGAGAGGAACAAGAGUGCUGAAGCUCUGGCUAGGCGUAUCUGGAUGUCCAUGGUCGUCGAAGGCAAGAACGAGCUCUACCUGGAAGAUCUCGUCGAAGUCAUGGGUCCAGGUCGCCAGGAGGAGGCUGAGGAAUGUUUUGCUGCGAUUGACCGAGACGGAAACGGCGACAUCAGUUUGGAAGAGAUGAUCUUGACUGUGACUGAUUACGCCAGACAGCGAAAGUCGAUCAACUCGAGCAUGCACGAUGUUGACCAAGCUAUCAACGCUCUCGACGGUCUGAUCAUGACCAUUGCCGUCAUUGUCUGCAUUUUCGUCUUCGUCGCUUUCCUUGCUCCCGCUUUCCGUACCACACUCGCCACAUCCGCGACCGCUCUUCUCUCGCUCUCUUUCGUAUUCGCAACGACUGCCCAGGAAGUCCUCGGUUCUUGCAUCUUUCUCUUCGUCAAGCACCCGUACGAUAUCGGUGAUCGUGUCGAUAUUACCACUGAGCAGCUUACUGUGGAACACAUUGCUCUUCUUUACACUGUGUUCAAGCGCGUCACAAAUGGAAAGACGGUCCAGAUUCCCAACAUCGUCCUGAACUCUCUAUGGGUAGAGAACAUCACACGAAGCAAGGCCAUGCGAGAGCAAGUCUCGGUCUUCUGCGACUUUGGUACAUCAUUCGAAGACAUCAAUCUACUUAAGCUGGAGAUGAUGAGCUUCGUUCGCGACCCUGUCAACGCCCGCGAGUUCCACCCUGAUAUUGACAUCGAGGUUGUUAGCAUUGCCGAGAUGAACAAGCUGGAGCUUCGUGUCGAGAUUCGUCAUAAGAGCAACUGGUCCAACGAGUCACUGCGCGCAUCUCGAAGAUCCAAGUUCAUGUGCGCGCUUGUCGUUGCUUUGCGCAAGGUUCCGAUCAACGGCCCAGGUGGAGGAGAUGCUGCUCUGGGCUCGCAAGACAAGCCCACAUGGUCUGUCGCAGUUCCACCUGCGGAGGCUGUCGCAGCAUACGAAAAGUACAAGGCCAACGCCGACGCCGGCCGUCUGCACCCACUCAACCCUGCCCAAGAGGAUACCGGCAAGUCUACCGGCACAGAUUACCUGGGCACCGAAGACAACGCAAUCACCUCUCUUAACAACAGGAGACCCGGUCUAGACACCAUCCGUGACGACACCUGGGAAGCUCGCGACGACUCCAGUACUAUUGGCCGUCCUAGCAUGUCAGACCAAAGGCCCGAUCUCGACGAAGUCCGCGGUCUACUCCGCAAAGCCAGUUCAGCCGGAAAGAGGAAAGGUGGCACCACACUAUCACCAUUCGGAUCCCGCGUCUCCGUCGAUACACCGCGUCAGAACCCACCACCUCCUCUACCACUCAACAUAGUACCAUCUGGUAGCCAGUACGCACAGCCGCCAACAGGCAACUUGCCACCACCGCCUCGCAGUACUGCUCCUGGAUCGCCGAGUUCCAUCUCCACGGGACAGGUAGAGGAGUACUCGUACCAGACUAUGGUGCCUCCGCCUCGCUCACGCAGCCGACCGCGCGCUCCGCAGGUGGAAGAGGAUGAGGGCGAGAGGCAGUGGCAACCUAAUGCUAAUGCGCCGGCGAGGGUCCCAUCGAAUACGAAUAACCCGUACAGGAGUCCGGGGUCGCCGCAGCAGGGAUUCCAGUCUUUUAAGAGGGAGUAG